AUGAUGUUCCCGGGCCUCCUCGCGCCCCCCGCGGGGUAUCCCAGCCUCUUGCGCCCUACGCCCACCUUGACGCUGCCCCAGUCCUUGCAAUCAGCAUUUUCUGGCCAUUCCAGCUUCCUAGUGGAGGAUCUGAUCCGCAUCAGUCGACCUCCAGCUUAUAGCGUGCCCACAGCCAGCUUGUCGCCAUCCAGGCAAGGGGCCCCUGCCACCCUCGGCGACACGGGGGCCUCGGACGUGGGCUCGCCUGGCCGGAGCAGCAGGCGGGGCAGCUCCCCACAGACAGCCGUCUCUGCAGCCAGCGAGCCCACGUUUCUGAAGUUUGGUGUGAACGCCAUCCUCUCCUCGGCGCCCAGAACAGAAACGUCCCCCGCCUUGCUCCAGAGUGUUCCUCCCAAGACCUUCGCCUUUCCCUACUUUGAAGGCUCCUUCCAACCUUUCAUCAGAUCUUCUUAUUUCCCAGCGUCCUCCAGCGUCGUGCCCAUGCCGGGCACCUUCUCCUGGCCGCUGGCCGCCCGAGGCAAACCCCGCCGGGGCAUGCUGCGCCGCGCAGUCUUCUCCGACGUGCAGCGCAAGGCGCUGGAGAAGAUGUUCCAGAAGCAGAAGUACAUCAGCAAGCCUGACCGCAAGAAGCUAGCUGCCAAGCUGGGGCUGAAGGACUCGCAGGUGAAAAUCUGGUUCCAGAACCGACGUAUGAAGUGGCGGAACUCGAAGGAGCGUGAGCUGCUGUCUAGCGGGGGCUGCCGCGAGCAGACCCUCCCCACCAAGCUCAACCCGCACCCGGACCUCAGUGACGUGGGCCAGAAAGGCCCCGGGGACGAUGAGGAGGAAGAAGAGGGCCCCGGCAGCCCUGGCCGCCGCCGGGCCUACAGCGCCUCCCCCGGCCCUCGGCUCCUGCGCGAGCCGCGCCGGGAAGGGCCGCCUCCCGCGUCGCCUGCGCACUCGAGCAGCCCCGGCAAACCUUCGGACUUCUCCGACUCGGACGAGGACGAGGAGGCGGAAGAGGAGGAGAUCACCGUUUCCUAG